CCGGCUCUUCCGGGGCCCGGGAGCCAACCGAGGGCGUUACUGUCCGGGCUGCGGCGGCGGGAGGGAGCCCAGUGGAGGCGCCCUCCCGAGGCACCACUGCCCAUGCUGACUACCCAGCCCUCCGGCUGCCGAUGUCAUGAGUAACACCACAGUGCCCAAUGCCCCCCAGGCCAACAGCGACUCCAUGGUGGGCUAUGUGCUGGGGCCUUUCUUCCUCAUCACCUUGGUCGGGGUGGUGGUGGCUGUGGUAAUGUAUGUCCAGAAGAAAAAGCGGGUGGACCGGCUUCGCCAUCACCUCCUCCCCAUGUACAGCUAUGACCCUGCUGAGGAACUGCAUGAGGCUGAGCAGGAGCUCCUCUCGGACGUGGGAGACCCCAAGGUGGUACAUGGCUGGCAGAGUGGCUACCAGCACAAGCGGAUGCCCUUGCUGGAUGUCAAGACAUGACCUGACCUUCAGAACCGUGGGGUCUUGGAGUGUCCAGAGCCCUGUGGUCUGCUGCCUCCCCUCCCACUUGCACUCACCCAGCUCCCCCUGCUGGGUACUGGGUCUCCAGUCCUUCCCCAGCAGCACCCAUUUCCUAAGCCCCUGCAUAGCAGCCUGCCCCCACCAUCACCUCACUCCCCGCUAGGCCUUCAGUCCUUUGUGGGCUGAGCCUACCACCCGCUCCAAGGCGCUAAUGGGAACUUUUUCCUUUUGGGGUGGAAGGGUGGCUGGGAAACAGCUCUGCCCUCUCCAUGGGCACCUUUCUCUAGCCCUCCCCAAUUUGGCUUUGGCGUUGUUUCCAUGAUGACAGGGCCUGAUGUAUAGUAUUCCGUAUAUAUAUUUUGUAAAUAAAAUGUUUUGUGGCUA